AUACUAUGAUAGUCAAAAAAAUAUAUAUAUAUAUAUAUAUAUACUAUGAUAGUCGGUUUACUAGGUGAAUCGAAAUGACUUAUUUGCCCUCUUUCUCUAACCUCCGUGCAAUAGAUUCUAUGGGUGUUUUAUGUAACUACCAUAAAGAUCGUUUAUAUAGUUAUAAAGUCUGUCUUCCCACCAAAAUCACUCAACACAGUCCAGGAAAAAAAAACAGAAAGAGAGAAGAUGAAGAUGCUCAUGAUGACGACGAUGCAAGUACACUACGUUUUCUUGAUUCUUUUGAUCUUUUCCAUCUCAAUCGCUUCUUGCUCCAUAGUUUCAUCACUUGAAGGUCCACAAAUCGGAAUCAACUACGGACGAUACAGCUCCAAUCUUGAAGGUCCAGUGAUCGGGAUCAACUAUGGUCGUUACGGCUCAAACCUUCCUCCAGCAGAAGCCAUACCAUCACUCGUCACCUCUCUCUCCAUCAAACACGUCAAAACCUUUGACUUGGAUCCAAGAAUCACCAAAUCUUUCGCCAACACAGGGAUCACUCUCUCCCUCUGCAUCCCCAACGACAAGAUCCCAUCUCUAUCCACCAAUCUCUCCGAAGCUGAAUCAAUCAUCAGAAAUUCCAUCUUGCCUUACCACAAGAGCACAAUCAUCACAUCCAUCUCCGUCGGAAACGAAGUCUCCUUACUCCCGCAAUUCUCAACCCACCUAGUCUCAGCUAUGGUCAACGUUCACAGAGCACUCAAGAGAUACAGAUUACACAAGAAGAUCAAAGUGUCCACAACACAUUCCCUCGCGAUUCUCUCCAGAAGAUUCCCUCCUUCGACUGCGAUUUUUCACAAAUCGAUCGGUGAAUCAGUCUUGAAACCACUCAUAAGGUUUCUACAACGAACAGAUUCACCUCUCAUGGUCAAUGUCUACCCGUACCUCGCUUAUAAGCAAUCGUUCCCUUCGAUUCCGCUCGAGUUCGCUUUGUUUCAGCCGAUGAACAGCCCCAAACGCCGGAGAUACGUCGAUCCGUACAGUGGAGUUGCAUACACCAAUCUGUUCGACAUAAUGUUGGAUUCGGUUGACUCCGCCGUGAAAUCCUUGGGGUUACCUAAAAUACCGGUGGUCGUAUCGGAGAUUGGGUGGCCGACGAGUGGAGAACCGGGAGAAGUAGCUGCCAGUUUGGAGAACGCUAGGGUUUUUAACCAGCGGCUGAUUGAGCAUCUGAGAAGACGAUGGAAUAAGGUCACUGUGUAUAUCUUCGCCCUGUUCGAUGAAGAUCAGAAAACUGGAGCCGCCGUGGAGAAACACUGGGGAUUGCUUUACGGUAACGGAUCGAGGAAGUACGAUGUGAAUAUCUCGCCGCCGAUUUAAAGUUCGAACGGCGCACAUGCUUGAAAAAUAUGAUGGGCAAAGUGGUCAUUUUCGUAUAUGGGCUUUUUCAAAAGUAAUGGGUCUGUUGUUUUGUUAUGGGCCUAAGGCCUUGU